AAAGCGCAUGCCGCUUGGUGAAGUUCUGGUCGCCGGCGCCCUACCCUCAGACGUUACGGUUGAAUUAAAAUAUUUUGUCAGAAGAUGGCCACUGCACAAUUGCAGAGGACUUCCAUGAGUGCAUUGGUAUUUCCCAGUAAGAUAUCAACUGAGCAGCAGUCUUUGGUAUUAGUGAAGAGACUCUUAGCAGUUUCAGUAUCCUGCAUCACGUAUUUGAGAGGAAUAUUUCCAGAAUGUGCUUAUGGAACAAGAUAUCUAGAUGAUCUUUGUGUCAAAAUUCUGAGAGAAGAUAAAAAUUGUCCAGGAUCUACACAGUUAGUGAAGUGGAUGCUAGGAUGCUAUGAUGCUUUACAGAAAAAAUAUCUAAGGAUGGUCGUUCUAGCUGUAUACACCAAUCCAGAAGACCCUCAGACAAUUUCAGAAUGUUACCAAUUUAAGUUCAAGUACACCAAAAAUGGACCAAUCAUGGACUUUAUAAGUAAAAAUCAAAGCAAUGAAUCAAGCAUGUCAUCUGCUGAUACCAAGAAAGCAAGUAUUCUCCUCAUUCGCAAGAUUUAUAUUCUAAUGCAAAAUCUGGGACCUUUACCUAAUGAUGUUUGUUUGACCAUGAAACUUUUUUACUACGAUGAAGUUACACCCCCAGACUACCAGCCUCCUGGUUUCAAGGAUGGUGAUUGUGAAGGAGUAAUAUUUGAAGGGGAGCCCAUGUACUUAAAUGUGGGAGAAGUCCCAACACCUUUUCACACCUUCAAAGUAAAAGUGACCACUGAGAAAGAACGAAUGGAAAAUAUUGAUUCAGCUAUACUAUCACCAAAACAAUUAAAAACACCACUUCAAAAAAUCCUAAUGGACAAAGAUGAUAUAGAAGAUGACCAGGAACAUUAUAUAAGUGAUGAUUUUGACUUUGAAACUAAAAUGGAAGAGCAGAAAAAGUACACUGGAACUUCUGAAGUUGGAGAACCAAAUUUAGUUUGUGAGGAAGAUGAAAUUAUGAGGUGUAAAGAAAGUCCAGAUCUUUCAAUUUCUCAUUCUCAGGUUGAGCAGUUAGUUAGUAAAACAUCUGAACUUGAUGUAUCUGAAAGCAAAACAAGAAGUGGAAAAGUCUUUCAGAAUAAAGUGACAAAUGGAAAUCAACCAGUAAAAUCUAAAGAAAAUCGGAAAAGAAGUCAACCUGAAUCUGGGAAAACAGUUCUCCAUCACUUUGAUUCUUCCAGUCAAGAGUCAGUGCCAAAAAGGAGGAAAUUUAGUGAACCAAAGGAACAUAUGUAAAAAUUAUUUUUCUUCUACACAUUUGCAAAAUUCUUCUCAACAUUUAAAUUAAAAGACACUAUAUUAGUAUUUUAAGGUGUAUUUUUCCUACCUCUGAACAUUUAUAUGUAGUUCUCAGAAGUUCAUUUACUCAAAUGAAGUUCUAGCCAACUAUUGUAUUG